AUGAGAGCAGUUCAUUUAGAGGUAACAAGGUCACAAACUGCUGAAGAAUUUCAGAGGAAGUUAAAUGCGUUCAUUACAAGGAAAAUGAGACCAGAGGUCAUAGUCUCUGACAACGCAAGUGUUUUCAAGACAACAGCUGAGUGGAUAAAAUUGAUACGAAAAAGUGAAAAAUUGCAAGACCAUUUGGCAACUCUAGGCAUCACUUGGAGGUUCAACUUGUCGAAAAGUCCCUGGUGGGGGGCGAUGUAUGAAAGAUUAAUUAAGGAUUUAAAGAAGACAUUGUACAAAACCCUUGGAAAAACGCAUUUGCAAUUUGAACAACUGGAAGCAGUCAUCAUGGACAUAGAGAGGCAUUUGAAUAACAGGCCAUUGACAUAUGUAGAAAGUGAAAGUGGGGAGGAGCAAGUGCUAACACCUAACAAAAUCAUGUGGGGGAAGGAUUCACAUACAUUUGAAGAUGUGGAGGUAGACGAAGAAAGAGUGACCAAGAUGUAUAAGAGAUUGAAGAAUGCGAAAGAGCACGUGUGGUCACGUUAG